AUGAACUCAUCUAAAUGCUCUUCAUCGAAAAAUAAUGAUAAAUAUAAUUGUAUCAUUAUUCGUGCACAAGGAACAAAUGAAACAUCAUUAACGGAUAUUCAAUCAAUUUGUUCUGAUUUGGAACCGAUCACAUUGAAAUCAUACGGUUGUGAAAUAUCAGAAAAACGUGAACUUAUUUCAAAAUUUGGUAUGCAUGAUGAUCUUUGUGAAACAGGCAAAUUCUACGAUCACGAAGAUACAUCGGAUUGGUAUUACUAUGUAUACGGUAGAUCGACACAAAUGCAACAAACAAAUGGGCAAGUAAUGAAUUUUAUUGCUUCACGUCUUCUUGGACAUUCGGUUUACGAUGAUAUUGCAAUCGUACGUUCAGGUCCGACAAAAUCGACAUUUGAACCAUGGCUUUCGAUUGAAAAAUUAGCUCAAACAGUUCUCUAUUAUGAAACACACGAUCCACAAACGAUAUUUGCUGAACGAGAACGAAAACGUUUCUUCGAAAAAAUGGGUAUGCAAGAUCAAAAGAACAUUCCAGCGUUUGCAAUUGGAUUUAACUUUUGA